AUGUCCGACGCGCCAACCUACCAGACCGUCAUGGUCACCGGCGCCAACGCCUUCUACUCAGCCGCAAUCAUCGAGCGCCUAGUAGACAGGGGCGUCAAGAUCCACGCAGUAGUCCGCCGAGAGUCAGCAGGAAAGCCGCUGGAGGGCAAUUACGGGGACAAAGUCCGAGUGUUCAUCGCCCCAGACCUCACCACGCCAGACGCCUUCCGGGACGCCAUACGCGGCUGCGACGCCGUCUUCCACGUAGCGUCGCCGUUCCGCUACGAGUUCACCGACGCUGCGGCCGAGGUCCUCGACCCGGCCGUCAACUGCGCCGUGGCCGCACUGCAGGCGGCAGCCGGCGAGCCAAAAGUCAAGCGCGUGGUGCUCACGAGCUCCGUCGCCGCGUGCCUGGACCCGCUGCACCCGUCGGGCUUCCACCGCCCCGGGCACACGUACACGGAGGCGGACUGGAACCCCGUGGGCUACGAGCAAGCAGCAAAGCUGGCGGCCUUCCCGCCCAAGCGGCACUUCGACCUCGUGAGCAUCAACCCGUGCCACACCUGGGGAUCGUACGGGCAGGCCGUGGCCCGGGCGGCGGACAUGAACGCGACCAACUCGGACCUGGCGAAGCUUAUUGAUGGGGAGGAGGCGGAGGUGCCGCGGACCAUCAUGCCGUGGAUGUGUGACAUCUCCGAGGUCGCGCAGGCGCACAUCAACGCGCUGUACAGGCCUGAGGCGUCGGGUCGGUACAUCAUUGCUAACCAUGAGUAUGACUUUCAGCAGGUGGUUGACUUGCUGCACGAUAAAUUCCGGGACAGUGACUGGAUAAAGAAUGUCCCAAAGGGAACGCCUGGGAAGAAGGCCAUCGGGGACCACUUUGUGCUGGAUAACACGCGGUCCAGGGAGGAGUUGGGUGUGGAGUAUAGUGACUGGAAGCAGAGUGUCAUUGACUUCUGUUCUCAGUAUCAGGAGGACAGAAAAAGGUUCACCUGA